CACGGUGUGCGAAAGCUAAGAACGACCGGAAGCAUGCUGGUAGAUGUACCACGUGUGGGUUCUUUUACAUAUACAACAUCUGUUGAGAGAAAGUGUUAAAGAUCCCGUCUUUAUUUUACGAUUGUAAACAUGACCAAGACAAAGAAAGAGAAAAGUGUUGCUGCUGAAGAGGAGACAGGAGGGACGGAAAAAUCUUACCAGGAUUUAUUAUCUAAUAUCAACCCCAUAGCUAACCCCAUGGCCUCGAGGAAAUUAAGCAAGAAGCUGUACAAGUGUGUGAAAAAAGCUGCCAAACAGAAACAGAUUCGCCGAGGAGUCAAAGAAGUACAAAAGUUCAUCAACAAAGGAGAAAAGGGGAUCGUUGUACUUGCUGGAGAUACGCUUCCAAUCGAAGUGUACUGCCACUUACCAGUCAUGUGUGAGGACAAAAAUCUUCCCUACGCCUACAUUCCAUCAAAAGUGGACUUAGGAUCCUCAGCUGGUUCAAAAAGGCCCACUUGUGUGAUCAUGAUCAAACCACAUGAAGAAUACAAGGAGGCUUAUGAUGAGUGUAUGGAGGAAGUUUCUGCUCUGCCCAAACCUUUAUGAGUGCUUUCACUACUGCUGUGGUUGUGGUGUGUGAACAUGCACACUAUAUGUGACAGACAGAAGUUUAGAAGUUGUACUACUUCAUUCACAUCCUCAAUGCUUCAUGGACUGUAGAAAGUUGUUGGUUUGGUUUGGCCUGUGACCUCAUUAAUUCUUAUAUGAACAGCAGAGAUAGUGCCAAAUUCAUUUUUAUUUUUGGUUGAAGCACGGGCUGUAUUUCUGUUAAGCCUGUGCUCUUGUAUUAAGAGAGUGUUUUAUUUUGUCACUAUUUUCAGCGGCCAUUUUGGAUUAUUGUUUUUAGUUGUAAGAAUGUCUGAAGAUUUUUUGAUGAUGACAUGACAUUUGGCCCAGAUGUCUUUUGAGAACAUUCACUGUAGGAAAGUCUUUAAAUCAGAAACUUUCUAAAAACACAUUAAUUAACUUACUCUUGUGCAAAAACAUGGCCCAAGAAACGUUCAGAGCCCACUGUAUUGUAGUGCAUAUAACACAGCUUCUUGAUGCCAUAUCAAUAUUAAAAAAAUCCAUGUGAUCAUUA